CAAUCUAACAUAGGACCCCACGACCUCUAAAGCCUGUUUAAAAUAUCAUUUCCUGAAAAAUCCUGAAACAGGGUUUUAAAUUUUAUAGAUUCACAAAUAAAACAAACAAUUCCUUUCUUGCAAUGACUUCUCAAUCAUUCACCUUAAGCUUCUCUCCAUCUCUUAAGACUCUGAUAAAUUCCAAUUUUUCAGGAGACUGUUUACCUUGUUUCUCAGUAUCCUUCUCGAAAAAAACCCCUUGUUCAAGCUUUGGGUUUUGUUUGAAGAGAAAAAUAUUGGGUUUUAAUGAGAAAAUUAAUGGGUUUGGAGGGAACUUUGGGAUCUUUAGUGCUUGGAGAGAAGAGGGGCAAUUGGAGGAGUUGGAUGAUGCGCCAUUGACAGUUGAAUUACAGCAAAUUUGCAGUGAGAGUCAGUUCGAUAGAGUCAUUGCAGAAGCUCAACAACUUGAGGAGUCUUUGAUUAUACUGUGGAUGGCAAGCUGGUGCAGAAAGUGUAUAUAUUUGAAACCAAAAUUGGAAAAGUUGGCAGCUGAUUACUAUCCAAGAUUGCGAUUUUACUGUGUAGAUGUCAAUACUGUUCCGCACAACCUUGUUGCUCGGGCCGGAGUCACUAAAAUGCCAACGAUACAGGUUAGUAUCAAUUCCUUAAUAAAUCAAAAUUUCUACCUUGAUUUCUAUGUUAUCAAAAAACCCGUGUCCAGCACAUAUAUGGAUACAGUUAUGGAGAGAUAGCAAGAAACAGGCUGAGGUGAUUGGUGGCCACAAAGCAUAUUUGGUUGUUAAUGAAGUACGCCAAAUGAUCGAAAACGAAUGUACCGCAUGAGUGAUAGCACUCCUUUUUAAAGAAAAAUUGAGUGUACGUUACAUACCUUAUCUGGUACUCAUUUCUGAAUCCGAGUAACAUAGGAAAAAUUUUGAUCAUAUACUUCAAUUUAUUUCUCUUUUAAUGUCUUCAAAUAUAAUGCCAUGAAUUGCUUGUGAUUAUAA